CAAACUGUUAUGAAACAAAGUAGUGCCAGAAUCACAAACAGGUAUAAAGAAGAGGGAUUUUCUGGCACGCGGCGCCUUCCAUCUUACAUCAACACAGAGGAAAGAAAUGCUCUUUUCUUCGGGCUUGACAUAAAUAUCAUCUCCGGGGGAGCCAGUACACGAAUCAAAUGGCCCCAAAUUCCAUCCACUGGUUCCGAAAGGGCCUCCGUCUCCAUGACAACCCGGCACUUCUGCAGGCGGUCAGAGGGGCAGGCACAGUGCGCUGUGUUUACUUCCUGGACCCUUGGUUCGCGGGCUCGUCCAACGUCGGGGUCAACAGGUGGAGGUUUCUCCUUCAGUGCUUAGAGGAUCUGGACGCUAACCUCCGGAAGCUCAACUCUCGCCUUUUUGUCAUCCGGGGCCAACCGGCCAACGUGUUCCCGCGGCUAUUUAAGGAGUGGAAGAUCUCUCGGCUGACCUUUGAGUAUGACUCCGAGCCUUUUGGGAAGGAGAGAGACGCUGCCAUCAAGAAGCUGGCCAUGGAGGCGGGGGUGGAGGUCAAUGUCAAAACGUCGCACACCCUCUACGACCUGGACAAGAUCAUAGAGCUGAAUGGCGGGCAGCCUCCUCUCACCUACAAGCGUUUCCAGACUCUGAUCAGUCGGCUGGAUCCUCCCGAGAUGCCCGUGGAGACUCUGUCGGACGCCCUGAUGGCCGGCUGCGUCACCCCCAUCUCUGAGGACCACGGAGACAAGUACGGGGUCCCGUCGCUGGAGGAGCUGGGCUUCGACACCGAGGGCCUGCCGACAGCCGUGUGGCCCGGAGGAGAGACCGAGGCUUUGACCAGGAUAGAGCGCCAUCUGGAGAGAAAAGCGUGGGUGGCUAAUUUCGAGCGUCCCAGAAUGAACGCCAACUCGCUGCUGGCCAGCCCGACCGGCCUCAGCCCGUACCUGCGCUUCGGCUGCCUCUCCUGCCGCCUCUUCUACUUCAAGCUCACGGACCUCUACCGCAAGGUGAAAAAGAACAGCUCCCCUCCACUCUCCCUGUAUGGCCAGUUACUGUGGCGGGAGUUCUUCUACACCACAGCCACCAACAACCCGCGCUUCGACAAAAUGGAGGGGAACCCCAUCUGCGUCCGCAUCCCCUGGGACAAAAACCCCGAAGCGCUGGCCAAGUGGGCCGAGGCGAAGACCGGUUUCCCCUGGAUAGACGCCAUCAUGACGCAGCUGAGGCAGGAGGGCUGGAUCCACCACCUGGCCAGGCACGCGGUGGCGUGCUUCCUCACCCGGGGGGACCUGUGGAUCAGCUGGGAGGAAGGGAUGAAGGUCUUUGAGGAGCUGCUUCUGGAUGCAGACUGGAGCGUGAACGCAGGCAGCUGGAUGUGGCUGUCCUGCAGUUCCUUCUUCCAGCAGUUCUUCCACUGCUACUGCCCCGUGGGCUUCGGCAGACGCACCGACCCCAACGGGGACUUCAUUAGACGAUACUUACCUGUCCUCCGAGGUUUCCCCGCCAAGUACAUCUACGACCCGUGGAACGCUCCGGAGUCCGUCCAGGCGGCCGCCAAGUGCGUGAUUGGCGUCCACUACCCGAAGCCCAUGGUUCACCACGCGGAGGCGAGCCGGUUGAACAUCGAGAGGAUGAAGCAGAUCUACCAGCAGCUCAGCCGAUACAGGGGACUGGGCCUGCUGGCAUCGGUGCCAUCCGGGAACGGGACCGGAGGAAUGAUGGCCUACUCUCCCGGAGAGCAGCCGCCAGGGACCAACAACAACAACAACAACUCGCAUUUGCCCGGAGUGUUGGGGAGCUCUGUUGCCACAGUUAACGGCAGCGGGAGCAUCCUGCUCAACUUUCACAAUAAAGAGGACACGGGACCGAACGGCGCCCAACAGCGACUGCAACCGCACCUACACCAGCAACAACAACAGCAACAUCUACACCAGCAUCAACAGCAACCGCUUGGAUACCACUCGGUGCCAGACGCCAGCCAGACCGUCCCCGGCGGCCCGCUCUACCAUGAGUUUGCUGUGCCCCAACACCCAGGACUCCUGCUACACGGCCGAGGCGGCAUCACAGGGAAGCGGGAGCGCGAGUCAGAACGGGACGGCUCGGGGGAGAAAGAGCCGGCGGCCUGCUCCAGGCACAAGAUGCAGAGGCAGAAUGCACAGACGACGUAGAGCGGGCGCCGAUGGGACGGAGAGUCGCCGUGCCGCCGGCAGACAGAGCGGGAGUCCCGACGUUUCCCAGCGGUCCUCCAACACACGAGGACACGCCUGCCUCAAACUGCUCUCUGUCUGCACCGUCAGAAAUCUCUCCCCCCGCCCCCCCCCAUGACACUGAUGCUUAACAUCAUGGACUCCAUUGACCUCUGACCUCGGGCUGACUGGUGUGGCGACCUCAGAGGAAUGUGCAAAGAGACAAAAUGCCUCAAACGUACCGUUCGACCAAUUAUUUGUUAAAGUGCUCAUAUUGUGCUUUUGGGCUUUUUUCCCCCCUUUCCUUUAUUGUGUUAUACAGUAUAUCUUUUUUUUGUGCAGGUUA